CAAGGCUGCGUUCAUGGUGAAGUGAAAUUGAUUCGGUUUAUGCUGAGGCUUGUAAAUGUGUCAUUCCGCAAAUCUUUUCAAAUAUACGUGGGUAACAUCACUUUGCAUAAAUCCAGUGGCACAGAUUUUAUUGUGUGGAGACGUAAUAAAAGGUGACGAAGCGCUGCAAAAUGAAAACGUCUGGUCCUUGUUCGUCGGUUUCUCUCGUCAUUUUCGUUUUACUUAUUCAGUUGGAAGUUACGAGCGGACAAGAUGUGGAUCCCAAUUCAAGUACAACAACUUCGAGAAUAAUAACCACCGAAUCGUCGACAAUAACUGCAGCAACAACAACGUCAGCAAUCGCAAUUACGGAACCGCCGACAACUGUGGAACCACCAACAACUGUAGAAACAGUACCAACUGAAGAAACACUACCAUCAGCAAUACCGACAACAACAACAACGGAAUCAACCACCGUAACAACUCCAGUAACAACAACCCGAUUAACAACAACGACUGCAAAAGCGUUUUCAUCUCUGUGCCCUGGACCUGGUCGCUACGCAAAUACGACGGACACCACGUGCCGACGGUACGUCUUCUGCAGUCUCAACAACAACAGAACAGCCUACAUCGCUUACCCCUUCACCUGCCCAAGGGAUUACCUCUUCAAACCUCUCGCAGCAACAUGUGUAAAACCCGAUACAUACACAUGUCCAAUUACGCCAAUAAUAACACUACCACCAAGCUCAAUAGCUUCCCAGAUAACAACAAUCGCAGCAACAACAAGCACAACCACAAGAACAACUAAGGCCACAACAACACCUCCGUCCUUUUGUCUCGGACCAGGUCGUUCCGCGAAUACAACAGACAGUACAUGUCAAAGAUAUGUCUUCUGCAUUCCGAACAGCGACAGAACAGCGUACAUCGCUUAUCCCUUCAUCUGCCCAAGGGAUUACCUUUUCAAACCUCUUGUAGCAACAUGUGUUAGACCCGCUACAUAUACGUGCCCAAUAGCAGCGACAAGAAAGUAGACUCGAUUUUCCAAUUAUAAUAUUCCCUCUUAUUUUCUUUUUUCACUAUGUACUCCAUGAUAUCGAUCGUUUUCGUGUUAA